CCCUCUUUUCCUAACCUUUGUCUAGGCUGAGGUGUAUGGCAGUCUCCCUCAUGUUUGUGUCCCGCUCCCCGAAACCCGCGGCCGGUUCCACCGCCGCCGCGCUGACACUUCCCCGGCCCCGCGCCGCCUCCUCUCCCGCGCCCGCGGGGGGAUGCGCGGAGCCCCGCGCCCGCCGCCGCGCCGCCUCCAGCCCCCCGCUCCUCUCCCUCCGCUUAUUGCCCCCGCUGCCGCUAUAUCCUCCGGUACACGGAUUGCUACGCGGGCGCAAAAUGGAUUACAGCGACCCUCCCGGGCUCCUCCGCAGACAGGCAGUGCCGCGAACCGGUCCGUGCCCACGGAUUAUCCAAAGGAACCUGAAGAUCCUACCCCCACAGUUAAAGUCAAAAAUCAAGAAAAAACAUAAGUGUGGUGGCUGCGAGUGGCCCGGGCCGACGACGUGAGGCGCGGCGCGGCGGUCAAUGUUAUUUGAGCGGGGGCCGCGGGCCUCGGCAAUCGCAGAGCGGAGGAUGCAGAAAGCCGCCUACUACGACAACGCGGGGCUCUUCGGGGGCUACACCUACAGCAAGGCCGACGCCUACCCCUACGGCGCGGCCCACCAGCCCUACGGCCAGGCCGGCCUGGACGGCGAGUACCCCGGCUCCGCCUGCUCCGUCCAGAGCUCGGCGCCCGGCCGCGCCCCGGCCCACAAGGGCAGCGAGCUGAGCGGCAGCUGCAUGCGGACGGCCGGGGGCGGCCCCGGAGGCAGCCAGCCCCCCGGCAUCGGCGAGCCGCAACCCCCGGCGCUGCCGCCCUCCUCCCCGCCCAACCCCCCUCCCAGCGCACCCCCUCCGAAAAAAGCCAAGGGGGGCCCCAAUUCCUCGGGCUCGGCCACCGCCACUCUCAGCAAGCAGAUAUUCCCCUGGAUGAAGGAGUCCCGGCAGAACUCCAAGCAGAAAAGCACCUGCGCCCCCUCAGGAGAGAGCUGCGAGGACAAGAGCCCCCCCGGGCCGGCCUCCAAGCGGGUGCGCACAGCCUACACCAGCGCGCAGCUGGUGGAGCUGGAGAAGGAGUUUCACUUCAACCGCUACCUGUGCCGGCCGCGCCGGGUGGAGAUGGCCAACCUGCUCAACCUGACCGAGCGGCAGAUCAAGAUCUGGUUCCAGAACCGCCGGAUGAAGUACAAAAAGGACCAGAAAGCCAAAGGCAUCAUGCACUCCCCCGUCGGACAGUCCCCGGACCGCAGCCCCCCCCUGAGCGGCCCAAACCACGUCGGCUACUCCAGCCAGCUCCCCAGCGUCAACAGCCUCAGCUACGACGCGCCCUCGCCCACCUCCUUCGCCAAAUCCCAGCAGAGCAUGUACGGGCUGGCCGCCUACACGGCGCCGCUGAGCAGCUGCCUGCCGCAGCAGAAGCGCUACGCGGGCGCGGAGUACGACCCCCACCCCAUGCAGAGCGGUGGCGGCGGCUUCGCCAACCCCAGCCUGCAGGGCAGCCCCGUCUACGUGGGGGGCAACUUCGUGGACUCGAUGCCGGCCUCGGGCCCCAUGUUCAACCUGGGGCACCUGCAGCACCCCUCCUCCGCCAGCGUGGACUACAGCUGCGCCGCCCAGAUCCCCGGCGGCCACCACCACGGACCUUGCGACCCCCACCCCACCUACACGGACCUCUCCUCUCACCACACCUCUCAGGGACGGAUGCAGGAGGCGCCCAAGCUCACGCAUCUGUAGCGGGGCGGCGGCCGGCGGGGCCCGCUCCCCUCUCAAUUACCUCACUUUUCUGACGGGACAGUGUUACUUUGCUCUCGAGUGCCAACAGUAUUAGUGGAUUUGUCUCCCCUAGCAGCUCCCUUCUUUCUUCCGCAGCCCCGAGUAGGUCCGUGAGCAGGAGCCUUUCUCUUAGAGCUGUUUUAAGCAUGACAGUGCAAUAUACUGCAAACCGAGGGACUGAUAAGCUGGUUAUGAUGUACUUGAAGGUAAGUCUUAGAGAUGCCGUAGUGUUAGCAGCGCGUCAUGCUGAGGUGUUUUAGACCAGUCGUGAGCGGUGGGAACUCGCCCGCGCGUAAGCUUAUUUCAGAGAAGUUAAUUUAUGAAUUCUUCCGUAACGUAAGGAUCGCAUCGGACUAAAUGAUAUGUAUUUAUUAUUUUAAGCGAGACAUUUUUGUAUCACUGAUUAUUUAUCCUCGUCUUAAUGUAUUUAUGUGGGUAUUUGUAGAGUUUCUUCACCAAUACUUCGGGAGAGCGAUUCAGGUCCGUGGUGACUUACAUUUCACCUAUUUAGUAUAUUCGGUCUGAGCUAGUUGAGAGAGUAGUCUUGAACAGUUGUAACAGUGGCUGGUGUUUGUAGUUUAUGUAAGGAUUAAUUAAGACAGCAAGUCGUAAGUCAUUAAUAGAGUAAAGCAAACUGUGGCAUCACACAAAGAGCCGUUACACUUUAAAAAAAAAUUAUCGAAAGUAUUUUUAAAGUAUUUAUUUCUAACCGGCUGGCCCCACUCGAGCGCCUUGGGUGGCUUGGCUGGCAGCUGGCUCGGCCGGGGAAGCCACCUUUGGUUGGAAGCGCAGCCGCUUUGAGGAGGCGAUCUACAAAGCGGGGCGCUUGGCCAUCUUGUUUCAGAUCAAUCCUGCAUACAAAAACCUCGGUGAGGUUAACAUUUAUUUAUUGACUGGGUAUCUAUCGCACAUAUUAUUAUUAUUAUUAUUAUUAUUAUUAUUAUUAUUAUUUCGGUGGGCUAUUUUAUUUUCUUUGUUUUUUUUUAAUUACACUCUGGCUAUCUGAAAUAGGAAAGAAAUUAGAAGCUUAGAACGCAAAAAAAUUAGAAACCUUCUGAUAGUGCUAAUUUCAUUAGGGUCUCCAUAGCAAUCCGCGCAGCAGCUGCCGCCUCCUUUGUUAUUUAUACUGUUGUCUUUAUACUAACCAUAAAUCAAUUUUUUAGACAUCUUUGGAAGCCCGAGCUUUUCCUCUUGUUUUUCAUAAAAAUAAACUUUGAAAGAAAAUUGACAAUCAGAUAUAUACAGCCGAAGGGGAGCUGCCGAGGCGGGGUGCGGGCAGCGGCCGGGUGGUACCGCCGCACUCCCCCGGCGCCCGGCGCGGAAGGUCCCGUCCCCUGUGCCCGCGGCAGAAGGACACCGCCGCCUUUCUCUGCCACGAACGGGACAGCUAACACGGGGGGAGGUGGUGGAGAACAAAAAAAAAAAAAAAAAAAAAAAGAGAAAAAAAAGAAAAAAAUGGAACGAUGCUCUGAACCCUCGUGUUUCCUCCUCUCUAGUUACACGGCUGUGUUGAAUCCCUCGCUGGAUUUACAGAUACUUCUUUUGUAAACGUUGUCAUUAAAGUCUCUUCCUGACGGUACAUGUCACUCCGAGAAGACUAUUCUUACCUCUUUCUAAAAGUGUCGAGUUAAAGAUUAAUCCAAACUUCUGUAUUCCCCAUCAAACCGUCUGACGCGCCACUUCCCAGUUUGACAAACACUGCAGCUCCUACUCCAUCCUCUAAUGACAGGACCUGGCAUUUCUAUUGUGACAAAUAUUUUAACUCCUCCAAUUCUGGUCAACACAGACAAGUUUUCUUUCUUUCUUUUCUUCUUUUUUUUUUUUUUUUUCUCCUCCUUGCUUUCUUCCUCGCCUUCUGUAUUUGUGUUUGGCUGGACAGUAAAGAUUCAAAAUAUUACUUAGGGUUUUAUUUUCCCCUCUGUGCAAUUUUAACAAUGUCAUGCUACGUUGAGAAGUGUAUCUUCUGUUAAAUUUCACUUUUACCCAAGCAAAUUUGGAUAUAUGUGUUGUAGAUCUGUAAACAAAACAGAACAGAAUAAACUACUUUGUUCGGAGACAUAUUUUAACCAUUUGAGCCCUAAAAUUGUUUUCUAUGGAAGUUUUCAAACAAAUUGUGUCUUAGAAGCUCCAUCCAGGAGUAAAUAAAACAUGCAAACAAGGCAAAAAGUAAGGCUAAACACCACUCAUGAAUUACACUUCUAUAAUAUUCCAUAAAUAUAUAUAUAUGUUUGUAUCUUCAAAACUUUCUGUAAUCAAUGUACCCACGACUGAAAUUGUCCAUGUAGGUUUUUUUGUGUGUUCUUGACAACAGGACGUAUUUUGCAUCACCUGCUUCUAUCUGUGAAACGGCAAGGCACCACCAUUUCUGCAGGGCUGUCCUUGGUGUAACCCAAUGUGCUUUUCCCAAGUGUUUCCCACCUUUGUGCUCUGUAGGCUGUUCUUCAAACAGUCUCUGCUCUGACUUACACUAUUAGUUCUUCAUUAAAUCUGUUAAGAAAGAAAAGGCAGUUUAUAGGUAGCCCUUCCCCAGAUCUGAGGAAGAAGGGGGUUUCAGAGGAACCCUGACUACAAACAUGGUGUUACUGAGGCACACUGCCCUGAAUUAUUUUCAUAUUGCAGAGAGAUGGGGUUUGCAGGCUUGGUUUCCAGUGGGGGAGGAGGAGGAGCAUGUGUG